AUGGUUCGGAACGCCCAUUUGCUGGGCUUCUUCCGUUUCAUUUGCAAGCUUAUGUUCCUCCGCACCAAGCCAGUCUUUGUCUUCGACGGUGGAACCCCUGCCCUCAAGCGUCGCACUGUCAUACAUGCUUUAGGCACAAGAAAUAUGAAUGGUUGCAAUUCUGAUUUUGAUGGAAAUGGUCUUUCCAUGGAAGUUUCAGCCAUAUAUCUUGCCAUGAAAAAAUCAAAGCUGGAAUGUGUUGAUGAGCACGGUCAGGAUCCAAUGUCUUUUGACAUAUACACAGAGGAGGAUGAGUUUGAGGAUUUUGAUGACUUUGACCCAUACUUAUUCAUAAAGACCUUACUAGACUUGUCAACAGUGCUUGCUAUGCAUGGUGAAGUUGAUCCAGCUGUUCUAGCCUCAUUGCCUCCAUCAAUGCAGCUGGACCUUCUUGUUCAGGUAGUUUAG